UGUUUACGGUGAUCGUAAUUCAAUGUCGGUCAUCCCAGAGGACGUACUCCUUGAUGUGCUGUCGAGGUUACCGGCGGUCAGUCUCGUUCGAUUCAAGUGCGCCUCGAAAUCAUGGUGCGCUCUUAUUGAUAGCUCAUAUCUCAUCCAGUUGCAUCUGAAGAAAUCGUUAAAUGACAUCAAAUCUCGCAAGAUGCUUGCUGUUGGCAAAUAUCAUCGUCGUAAAGAGGACAACCGUGUACCUGUCGGCUUUAUAUUCUACGUCAUAAGCUUUGAUUUUGGAUUCAAAAUUGCAGAUGUUCAAGAGAUAAAGCCUCCUGUUCAGCAUUGUAAUGACCGGGUGAGUAUUAUAGGCUCUUCCAGAUUCCUAAUUUGUCUACGAUAUACCUUUCAGAAAAGUUGCAGGGAAAAAAUUGUUUUGUGGAAUCCGUCUAUAGGUAGUCACAGGAUACUACCAUUCACCCCUGUCGAGAUUGAGGCCUUAGAGGCUAGAAAAUACAGACAUUAUACGUUUAGUUAUGGAUUCGGAUAUGACAAUGUUACGGAUGACCACCAGGUUGCGAGAUUUGUUUUGGAUAACUAUAAUGGUGAUUAUGAAGUCAAAGUUUAUAGCCUGAAAUUGGAUAGCUGGAAAAAGAUUGAGAAUAUUCCACUGAUUAGUAUUUUUCGGGUUAGUCGGCCUAGUUUUGCCGAUGGUUCUAUGAAGUGGCUUGUGCAGGAUAAGCAACCAAAUUCUACGUUUUCACUUCUGGUUCUCUGUCUUAGAACCGAGGUGUUACGAUCAGUGUCAUUGCCAGAGGGUUUCAAGAUGCCCCGACUUGUGGAGUUCUGUUCCUACUGUCGGUGUUGGACUAAUUGGUCGGUUUACAGAAAUUGUUUCUCACACGAUUGUGACUUAUGGAAAUCACUGGAUAAUGAAAACAGUGAUAUUUGGACCAAGCUAAGGUUGCCUCAUUCUGAUGCUGAUGGGGGAAUGGUUUUCAGUGACAUAUACCAACACCUUAAGGAAUCACUGCCGAAAAAUCUGCAUUCUGAAUCCAUAAAAAUAAGCUCUGGGGACACCUGUUGUUGGGUUGAAAGCCUUGUUCAGGUAAAGAGAAGAAGCAAGAAAAUAAGGGAGAGAGCUAGUCAAGCACAAGUAGAAAAAUCCAAGAAAUAUAGAAGUAGUUUAUGAUUAAACUCAUUUAUUGUGUUUAUGCUAUAAGUAAUUAUUUUCUUUCCAAUAAUAACUAGAAAAUUUAACACUAAUUUGUUGUUUUACUUGUUGGAAAGUAGCGUGUGUUGCACCAUAUGGAAAAUAUUGAGUCGUCUGAAUACAAUAUGAAAAUGUUACCAUGACACUAUAAGAGGUGAGGAUUUGUAAUCUCAAUCUGUCUUAAUUUAUGCACGUUCUGUUGAAUAGCUCGUAUCAAAUCCAACUGUAACAAUUCCGUCUCAAAUAUAUAAAAUUAAAAUGAUUUUAUAUACAAGUUAAAUCCACCAAUGACCACCAAACCCAGAUUCAUAUAAAUUUCUCUAUCACUCAUUUUUAAAAAGGUAAAAUAGUAACUUCUGCAUUAUGAGGCUAUUUAAGGCACAUUUUUUAUUUCAUAAAAUGAGAAAUAUAGUCGUUGAUGGACAUUCCUCCAUGAAAUUGUGAGAUGCAAGUCAACAACUGCGACUGUAUGGGGGUCCACUACCGAUCGGAAUUCUUCUACAAAUGAG